AUGAAAAUCUUGUCAUUUAUUAUAAUUGUUUCUUUUAUUGCUUUUUGCAAAAGCCACAGAAGCUUUUCAAAAAGAAAUAAUUAUUUGCAAUUUCUAAGAGCACAAAAUUUUAUACAAGAAAAACCAAAAUAUAAAAAACUAAAUCAAAAUUACUCAGAAGAUUUAAAUGAAUUUGAUGAAUAUGAAGAUGAACAAACAACUGAUGUAAAGGAAGAGAUGGAAGAUAGAUCAAAUAAGCAAGUAAAUAAUAAUUUAGAAGAACACAAUAGUAAUGAUAACGAAAAUAAAUUAGAAUUUAAAGACAUAGAAAAAGAAUUAAAUAGCAAUGAAAUAUUAGAAGGUAAUAUUAAUUUAAUAAGAGGAGGAAGGGAAUGUACCAUUAACGAAAAAGGAGUACUUGAUAUAUCAAUAAAUUCUAAUGAUAUUUUUAAUUUAAAUAAAUAUAAUGCAGAAAUAACUUCAUCAAAUAUUUUAAUUAAAGAUAUAAAAGAUUCGAAUGUAAUAAAAACUAUUCCAUUUGAAUUAAUUAAAUUACCAAUUGAAACAAUUGAAGAAACAAGAGAAUGCUGGAAUAUAAAAUUAAAUAAAGAAAAAGUUUUAUUCUGUGGGAAAAAAAAAGAAGAUAGAGAUACGUGGAUAACAAAUAUAUUAAAAGCUUUAUUUUGCCAUAAUACAAAUAACUUAAUAAUUGAAAAAAAUGAUACAAAUAAUAAUGAAAGAAUUCAUUUACCCAAAGAAUCAACAAUUGAUGAAAGAUUAAAAGAAUCAAAAAAAGGUCAAAAUACUAAGAGUGAACAUUCUCCUCAAUAUAUAAAAUCAUCUAAUUAUAAUAAUAUAAAUAUUUCAAAUUUAAGAAAUGGUGAACCUAAAAUUUUAUUUGACUAA